GGCCCAGCCCCUCUUUCCUUUUCCUCUCUUCUGCUCUCCCGCCGGGCGCCUGAGGGAGAGUUACUUAGCGGUUCUGAGGAGCCGCUGUUGUUUCGUCAGGGGAAAACCGCCGCCCGCGAACCGCCGAGCUCCCUCUCUUUCCAGCCUCUCUUUCCAGCCUCUCUCGCGCUCUCUCUCUUUAUGGCCAAGGAGGAGAAGAAGCCCUUCAGCCAGACUAUGGCCGAGUGGCGGCGGUUCAUCUACAACCCCAACAGCGGCGAGUUCCUGGGGCGAACGGCCAAGAGCUGGGGCUUAAUUCUGCUGUUUUAUCUUGUAUUCUAUGGCUUCUUAGCUGCACUCUUUACAUUCACAAUGUGGGUUAUGCUUCAAACAUUGCGUGAUGAUAUACCAAAGUAUCGUGACCGCAUUUCUAGUCCAGGGCUAAUGAUUUCACCAAAGCCAGAUACCGCACUGGAAUUUUUACUGAACAAAAAUAAGUCAGCAAGUUAUGCUGCUUAUGUGACAAAACUUCACGAAUUUUUAGGAGCGUAUAAUGAAUCAAAGCAGGUGGAUAACAUCCUGUGUACUCCAGGACAACUCUUUAUACAGGAUUCUGAUCCUAAAAAAAAAGUAUGCAAAUUUAAUCGUUCUACCUUGGGACCAUGCUCUGGACUACAAGAUUCAACUUUUGGUUAUGCUACAGGAACACCAUGUGUUAUUGUAAAAAUGAAUAGAAUAAUUGGAUUAAAACCUGAAGGAAUGCCAGCUAUAACAUGUGAAGCUAAGGAACAAGGCAAGGCUAUGAUAACUACUUUUCCUCCUGAGGGAAAACUUGAUUUAAUGUAUUUCCCAUACUAUGGAAAAAGAUUACAUCCAAACUACUUGCAGCCACUAGUAGCUGUUCAACUAGAAUUUAACGCAACCAGUACCAAAGAUGAUGUAACAGUUGAAUGCAAGAUCACAGGAUCAAGCAAUUUAAGAAACGAAGAUGAUCGUGACAAGUUUCUGGGACGUGUUUCCUUCAAAUUUCAGAUAGCUGAAUAGAAGUCAACAGUGUCUUCACAAAGUAAACCUUGUGUGAUAAUUUUUUUUUGUAUCAGCGGGACCUGCCAUUCUAGGAGAUGAGACCACCUUUGAGAAGCAUAGGGUGGGACGUGGCAUUCAGGGUAGCAUAAUAAUGUGCUUCCAAAUCAUGUUUUAAAUCCUUCACAAAAUAACUGCAUGUCCUGCUUUUGCCUGCCCUGUUGGACCAGUGUACAGACAUAGUUUGUCUUUUUAGGGACCUGUAAAUAACUUCCAAACUUGUA